UGUCAUGCGCAAGAGGGAGGCAGUAGGGAGUUUGUUGUCAAACGCGAAGGUUCAUGAAAAUCGUCGUAUGUGGAUUGGUGGAAUUCCUGUUGGGUUUUCGCCUCGGCCAUUGUGUGUCGAAGUGGUUACGUCUCAAGUGAAAAAGCAUUUCGUUCGGAGUUUAGAUUGAUGGUAAUAUUUUUAUGACAAUAGAACGAUGUCGUCUCCAAGUGCAGGAAAACGACGUAUGGACACAGAUGUUAUUAAACUAAUUGAAAGCAAACAUGAAGUUACGAUACUCGGCGGCUUGAACGAAUUCUGUGUCAAAUUUUAUGGCCCUAGGGGCACUCCAUACGAAGGAGGAGUAUGGAAAGUCCGUGUUCAUUUACCUGAACAUUACCCUUUCAAAUCACCUAGUAUAGGCUUUAUGAAUAGAGUAUACCAUCCAAAUAUAGAUGAAGUCUCAGGGACUGUCUGCUUAGAUGUGAUUAAUCAGGCCUGGACAGCCCUUUAUGAUCUUUCAAAUAUUUUUGAAUCAUUUCUUCCACAGCUGCUAACUUACCCAAAUCCCAUCGAUCCUUUAAAUGGGGACGCAGCAGCGAUGUAUUUACAUAAACCAGAAGAGUAUAAGAAGAAAGUCUCUGAGUAUGUACGUAAGUAUGCAACUGAGGAGGCUUUAAGGGGGCAGGAGAACGUGAGUUCAGAUAGCGAAUCAACCAUGUCAGAUUUUUCAGAAAAUGAAGCUGAAGACAUGGAAUUAUAACGCAGGCUGUCUACCAUUAAAAGCUCGCUCAAUCCUCUCUUUGCUAUAAAUAACAAAUUCUUUUUAGUGUUACAUGUGAUGUGUAUUAGGUUUGAUUUAUUUGUUUUGCAUUUUUUAGAGUUUAUUAUGUUGCACGUAUUGCGAAUUGCUUAUUUUUCAGAGGAAAUGUUUAAUUUUUUUAGAUUUACAAAUUAGUUGUAGUAACAUUAAUAUCUCAUUAAUUUGCCUUAUUAUGUUAAUAUUGUGAUGAUAUGAGCGUAGCGACAUAUUUAUUUUAUAAAUUUAGUCAAAAGUAGAGGAAAUUUUUGUUGAUGUACACGUCAUUAAAAAGAUUUCUGUUUCAAAUCAUUAUGCAGCUGGAAGACCAAUUUAUGACUUUGUGAUGUGUACUUUUGUUCUAGUAAUUCUUUACACAAUGUAACAACCAUUUUGUACAGUAUGUUUCCUCUACUACUUUAGUUAGUGCAAUAGAUAUAAGUUGUUGUCACUUGUAUUAACUUUCAAGUUACACACACCAUUGAUAUCAUUAUGGUCUCAUUGUAUAUACAUUGUCUUAAUUGUCUUUAAUUUAAUAUUAAUAUAUUUUUAAUAAAUGUAUAUUUGACAACAUUAAUUCUUGCACUGUCAAAUAUUUGUUUUGAUAUUUUGUUUUUGUAUCAAAACAAAAAAAAAUAACAUUGUCCAUACAUGAUCCACAUCACGAAAAUGUUUGUAAGUUUUGAUUAUUACUAAGAUAAUAAGUGUAGGUCAUUUGGUAGCAUUUAACAGUAAUAAAGAACUAAAUUUAUUA